GCUCUGUUCUCGGUGCUUUGCUUUGCCGCCUAUUUGAUGCAGGACGCCUUCGUCCGUUGGAACACAACACCGGUGAUUGUGGGCAUCAAUCCGGAGCCGACGUACAUAACAAACGAACCAUUCCCGGCGAUUAGCAUCUGCAAUCUGAAUCAGGCCCUCGCCAGCCAAGCUGCCCACAUCCUCAACGACACCUCGAAGUUUGCCAUGCUGCAGGUGUUGUGUCGUCGCAAGCUCAAUUCCCAAUUUAGUCGCGGCCUCAACAACUGGGAGCAGCUCAUUAGCAAUAUUUCACAGCCCUGCAGCGAUCUGGUGAUUAGCUGUCGCUUUGGUGCCGUUGACACGCGAUGCGAACGCACUUUUCAUCCCAUUGUCACGGACGAGGGACUCUGCUGUGUCUUCAACAUGCUGCAUCCACGAUUCAUGUACAAACACAAUGUGCCUUUAACGCUGCGCAACAUCACCAUGGAGAAGAGCUACCAGGCGGUCAAUUGGCAUGCCGAGCUGGGCUACAGCCGCAGCUUAAAGAAGCCGCAUAAUCACUACUAUCCACGCGCCUCGCUGGGCACUGGUGAAUCGCUGGGACUGUCGCUCACACUGGACGUGCAGGCGGCCACAUAUUACUGCUCGUCAAGUAAUAGCAUUGGCCUCAAGAUUGCGCUGCACAGUCCAAAUGAGUCGCCCAAUGUGCGAGAGACCGGGAUGCUGCUCUCGCCGGGCUUGGAGACCAAGUUGCGCAUUGAGCCGACCAAGUUAAUGACCGAGGAAGCGUUGCGCAAGGUGCAUCGCAAGUAUCGACAUUGUUUGUUUCGCAGCGAGGGCAAUUUGAGUUAUUUUGCGCACUACACGCAACGCAAUUGCGAAAUGGAAUGCAUGUCGCGACUGUUGUUGCAACACUGCGGCUGCGUUGUCUUCUACAUGCCACGCAUCCAUGGCAACGACACCGUCUGCAGCAUACGGGAAUCGCACUGCGUGGAGAGCGUGCGUCUGCACACGAUUGGUCAGGCGGUUGAAUCGUGUCUGGACAAUUGUUUGCCCAGCUGCUUUGAUCUCACAUUCAAUGCGAUUCCAUAUUCAACGAAGAUCUCGUACAAUGACUUCAAGAUGGCCAAUCCCAGCAUGCAGAACUAUAGCGAACGGUAUGUGGAGAGCAGCAUUGCCUUGGUCAAUCUGUAUUACAAGGAGCACACGUUCCGUGCCAGCAAACAGACCGAGUUCAUUGGCAUCACCGAUUUUCUGUCCAACGUGGGCGGCUUGAUGGGCUUGUUUCUGGGUUUCAGUUUCCUCUCGAUUGCCGAAUGCGUGUACUUCGCCUUCAUUCGCCCAUGUCGCAUCUGCACCGAGCUGCGUCAGCGUCGUCCCGUCUCCACGCUGGAAUUGGCCAAAGCAUCGCAAUGCACAGUCAAAAGGGUCAAGCGGCGAGUUAAUACUUUGUUGCCGCAAGUGGUGUGGCAACGACAGCGUCAACGUCAACGUCAGCGACAGCAGCUGACGAAGCAUUCACCAUUUCACAUUUCGGCUGCCACCUGGUUUAAAACGGAACUGGGACUCCAAUUGCAUCCGGCUUAAA